AACCCUCAAACGCAAACACGCCCACCUGUUUUCUGGAGUUGACUUGGAGCAGGUCGUUAUUGUUCGCCCUCCGGAUUCGUAAUCAGGCAGCGCCAUCCACCCCGCUCGGAGCAACCCUUGCCAUGGACAACCAAUGCCGCACUACUAACACCAGCUUUGAAUCCAACACUCUCGUACAAAAUGUCCAACAACUCCUUAAUGCAAACCCAUCUACUGGAUGGGAAGAGUCCUGGAAGCUGGGAGUCACCCCUUGGGAUUUAGGCAGCCCCACGCCUGUUGUUUUACAUCUGCAUAACACGGGAUCGCUCCCCAUGGGCAGGGCUCUCGUCCCUGGAUGUGGCACUGGAUAUGAUGUGGUGGCAAUGGCAUGUACUGGACGGCAUGUUGUUGGGCUGGACAUAUCAGAGGAGGCCAUAAAGAAAGCAAAGCAGAUGUCUUCCUCAUCACCGAAUGUAGAUCAUUCUACUUUCUUGAAGGAAGAUUUUUUCUCCUGGCGCCCAACAGAUUUGUUUGAUCUUGUUUUUGAUUACACGUUUUUUUGUGCCAUUCAGCCAGAUAUGAGAUCAGCGUGGGCACAGCAAAUCCAAAACCUUUUAAAACCGGACGGAGAGCUUAUUACAUUGAUGUUUCCAAUUGAUGAUCAUGCUGGUGGACCUCCUUAUAAAGUAUCAAUUGAAGACUAUGAAAAGGUGUUGCAUCCAAUGGGCUUUAAGGCAAUAUCUGUUGUAGACAAUGAAUUGGCCAUCGAAACUAGAAAGGGAAAAGAGAAGCUUGGAAGAUGGAAAAGAGCUGUAGGCAACCCCUCCCUAUGAAUUGUGACGACGGUCGUUGGCUAAUCGAGGAGCAAUGCAAAAAGGUGUUUGAGCUCAAGAUCAAGGCAAUUAAUUUCAUUCACAAACUUCAUCUGAAUUGUAAGACUUACACAUGAUAGUU